CAUAGUAGUAUGUCAAGAGCAGUGUUGCACGUGUUUGUACAAACGUUUGACGAAGGUGACAGUGAUUGUCUGUGAUCCCGGACUUUAUUUCUCCACGGAUAGGAUGGUAGAUAUUACAACAGCUUUGCCAUCCAAUGGAAGGGCGUCAUUAAUUGGACGCACCAGAGGUGCUCUUAGAUCUGUGCGAACCGCUCUAGGAGGAAGCGGGGAAUAUCUUCAGGGCCUAGGGAACAGAAUAGGAUCUGCUCUUAGUAGUAGCUUAGAAGAAAGCGAACUGACUACAACCCCUUCUACGCCAUCAUCAUCUCCGCAAGCACCUGCAUUGCAGCCUAUCAAAUCAGAAGAACAAUUAGGUCGGCGAAAACUCAGGCUUCCGAGAUUUGGCACGGGAUUAUCCUAUGAAGAUUAUGAGGCAAUAGCGCGACACAAAUUAGAACGGCAGGGAAGCGCCAAUCUUUCCAGAACACGAAAAUAUCCGCCUGGGAUGACUUACGAAGAGAUAGCAUCUUCCAGAUCAGUCUCAAGUAAGAAACAGGAGAAUCGAAUUGAACAGGACGAUAUUAGUCCUGAUCGCGACAGCCAGGAAAGUAUAGAGCCCAUUCAGGAGCAGGACAUCAAAGCGACCGGGCCCGAUCCUUACGAGAAAUUGAAUUAUAAAGCAGACAUGCCUUGCAGCAGUGAUUCUACGAGUGAUCAAGAUGGAUACGGACCCAGCACUAGUUUGGAUUCUAACAUGGAUGGUCGCAGAAUAUGGCAAAGAUCAGGUUCAUCGGGGUCUGUUCAGUCCUGGGCUUCGAGUUUAUCAGCUGAUAGUCAAUCGGAGGAAGCUGCCGCAGACUUCAUGAAAGCUUUUGUACCUUUACUAUUCGAUGCGCCUAAUACUAUCGAUCAAGAACAAAAGGCUAAUUUUGGGCAGAUGGUUUUGACAGAAUCGGGAAGAAUAUGGUUCUCGAGGGUAGUAAAUGCGAGAAGAGCACGUGCAUGUGUCACAGAAGCUUCAUUUUAUUCUUUGGCGCAGCAUUUUGCAGUUGCGUUGUUUGAAUGCCAUGAAGCGGAUGAUUUUGCCCCCGCUAAAAGUCUCAUGAACAUGUGCUUCACUUUCUAUCAUGAAGUGGAAGUUCCUGGAUUAGAGCCUUACCGUGAAUAUUUAUACACACAUUUACGCGUUCAACCAAUAUGGACAUCUAUGAGAUUUUGGACAGCUGCUUUUUUUGACGCAGUACAAUGUGAGCGAGCGUCAAGACCGGUACCACCUCGACCGAAAUCCUUAGAUCAGGAAAGUAUCGCCGCUGAAGAUAGAAAGUUUCAAGCAAACAUUGUCUUUGGACAGUUAGGGACUUUUACUUGCAACAUGCAUGCUUUCGGCUUGUCACGAGCUUUAUGCACAGAGUUUCUCCGGAAACAAUGUAUUAUAGCGAAUUUAACUAAAGAACAAGAGAAAAUGCUACGAGAUAACAUAGAUCGAAUGUUUGAUGAGACCGAGCCAUGGCGGUAG